UAAAAUCGCAUGUUAUUUAAAACCCUUCUUCGAUUCUCAUCUCGUUACCUCAAAAAACCCUCCAACAUGAAAUUCAUCGACAUCGGAGCAAAUCUCACAGACACAAUGUUCCAAGGUAUCUACAACGGGUCCCAAAAGCACAUCGAAGACUUGAAUCACGUCUUACAACGCUCUUGGAACACCGGACUCGAACACAUCAUCGUCACAGUUGGCAGCAAAAUCGAUCUUCCACGCGCCAAAGAAAUCAUAGCCAAAGAUUCACGCCUUUCGAUGACUGUCGGCAUCCAUCCGACACGCUGCAAUGAAUUUAUCGACAACGAUCCUGACAAAUUUUACGAAUUUUUGUGCCACGAGAUCGAAGAAUCGCGAGAUAAGGUCUCUGCUGUCGGCGAACUCGGCUUAGAUUAUGACCGGUUGCAAUUUUGUGAGAAAGAAACGCAAAAAAAAUAUUUCGAAAAGCAGUUGGAUUUGGCAGACAAAUUUGAAUUGCCUCUUUUUUUGCAUUGUCGAGCAGCGCAUGAUGAUUUAUUCGAGAUUUUAUCGCGAAAUAAGGAAAAAAUCCGAAAAGGAGGCGUCGUUCACACUUUUGACGGGACUUUGGAGCAAGCACGGGCAUUUAUGGAGAUGGGAUUGUACAUCGGGAUCAAUGGAUGUUCGUUGAAAACGGAGGAAAAUGUCAAAGUCGCUGCAGAAAUCCCGAAUGAUCGAAUUUUGUUGGAAACAGAUGCUCCAUGGUGCGAAAUUAGACCCACGCAUGCCGGUUCGAAACAUGUAAAAACCAAAUUUGAUGCUGUAAAGAAGAAGGAAAAGUGGUUAGAGACUCAUAUGAUCGCAGGACGAUGCGAACCGGCGCAAAUAAUUCAAGUUUUGGAAGUUUUGUCGGGCGUAAAAAACAUUCCUGUCGAGGAAUUAAGUGAAAUUUAUUAUCAAAACACGCUGAAAUUGUUCUCAAACUUAAAAUGA